AUGUUCGCUGCGACCGCCGCUUCUCUUUCCACUGCUCUUCCCGCCGCUCCGCUAGGCGCUCCUUGUGCUGAGGGGCAGACAAUGGGGUGGAGGAAGAGGAGAAUCAUUUAUGAUCCACUCGUGCCUGCUGAUCCACUCGUGCCUGCUGAUCCACUCGUGCCUGCUGAUCCACUCGUGCCUGCUGAUCCACUCGUGCCUGCUGCAUUUUCUCUGAUGUGCUUCCACCAGGAAUGGCUGCACUCCUUCCGCUCCCUCUUCCAGCAGCCCUGCAGUCACUACCGCGUUAGUUGUUCUCUAACCCAUGCCUAUCCACUGUCACCCUCCACCAUCCUUCCACUCAUUUCCGUCUGCCUCCCAUACCCCCUUCCCUCAGCCCCUGUGCUGCAAACACUGCUGCUCUCCCCUACUUUCUGCCUUGUUCUGUCUGUGCUGACGGGGGUUUUGUCUCAUCCACAUUUUCUCUCUUUUCCCCACCGCCUCCCCAACCUGCUCAUCCCAUGCGCGCACCACAGCGCGUGCCAUCGCAUCAUCGCGCUGCACCAUCCCUCCCGCCACCUGCUGCCGCCUGCCAUCCGCCCCUUGCCUGCCCUCGCCUCUGCUGCUCCCGCUGCGUCUGCCAGUGCUGACACUGCCUCUGGUGCUGCUGCCACUCAUGCCUCUUCCGCUCCUGACGCUCAUGCUGGCGCUGAUUCAGGAGCUGUUCAAAGGGGAGACUUGCUCGUGGAGAGAGCAGGCAUGGGGAGCGAGGAGCCAGUGGGAGUGGUUGCAUGGCACUUGGGAUGUGCGAUUCCUUGUGUGUAA